AUGGUGUUUACAAGAGGAUCUAACUUAGUCGGCCCUGAGAACAGAGACGAGAGAGGCGCAUACGAAGAACUCGAAGACAGAGUGAAAAAAUAUAUGAAAAUGCCUGACGAUGAAUGGAAAGAGCUUUAUGAUAGAAUGUAUCACGAUAGAAAAUACCCAGGCCAAAACCAUUUCAAACUAGCCUUAGUUUCCUCAAUUGGUUAUGUUGGGUUUGCAGCAACCUUCUCAUACACUCUCUAUCUCAGAAGACACGCUUUCUUCAAGUAUCCAAUGAACCCUGUGAUGCUAAUUGCUAUUCCUAUAUUCGGCAUGCUCUCCCUGAGAAACUUUGACGUUGCAAUGGACAUCAUAAAGUAUAGAAAAAGAUACCCUGAAAUGUACCAGGGUUAA